GGUAAUUGCGCCUCUGAGCUCACAGUGACGUGGCCUUUGCGAGGUCCAGAGCCGAGGCUGCGUUUUUCUCUCCUCCUAGUUGCGGACUGGCGGUCGUUUGUGGCGGUGCAGCAGCUCAUUGUUCGCGCUGAAAAGCGGGCAAGCCUGUUGUCCAAGGAAGGAGGAAAGCCGUGAAAGCUAACAAGAUCCUUGGCAGGUUGGUCUUUAGUUCUCUAGGUGCAGCAGAUUUCAAGGCUGAAAGAAAGCUUCUGGUCACUGCAGAAAGAAGAAACAGGAAAACUCUCAACAUGGAAAAUGUUUCCAAAGAAAGUAAAGUCGAAGAGCAGGCCCCAGUGAAGAACGAGGAGGAAGCCCGUCCCAUAGAAGGCGGUGAAGGCCAGCAGCCUGCUGGCAAUGUUAGAGGGGGUUGGGUUCCACCUGUUCAGGAUUUUGAAGAAGAUAUGCAUGAUAGGCUUGCCAAUAACAUUGAUUUGAUAGAUGGAGAAGCAGAUGACAUGGAACGGUUCAUGGAGGAGAUGAGAGAGCUAAGGAGGAAAAUUAGGGAGCUUCAACUGAGAUACAGUCUGCGCAUCCUUAUAGGGGACCCCCCUCACCAUGAUCAUCAUGAUGAAUUUUGCCUUAUGCCUUGAAUCUUGAGGCUAAUGAUAAUAAUCCCCCUGCUUUUCAAACUAACAUUUCUUGAUGUAAGCUUAACAGUGAAUCUUUUGGUGUUCUCUUGCUGUUUGCUGAUUGCACAUUUUCCUCUUUGACUUUAUCUCUGUUUCUGUCAGCAGGGGAGUGUCAUCAACUUGCGUAGAAAGAUGCUCAUCUCACAUCAUAAAGUUAAUAAAGCAAUUUAAAAA